AUGGCACCCGUCGCCUUCUGGUCGAAUCCCGGCGCGUACAUAAACUGGGCCGCUCGGGCUAAGCCUGCCAUCUUCUGGAGUAUUGUCGUGGGUGGCUUUGGACCUGUACUGCUCUUUACCGUGCCUCCGAUCAGAAGGUACUUUGGUGAUGGGCCGAGGCCGCAAAUACCAUUAACCUACCCAGUACCACACGGACCUCGGAAGAGACCGGCAGGCUACGACGAUUGA